UCCACACGAAUGGAUGAUGUCGGUAAAAUUCACUGAUGGCCAAAAAUCGUUGGUACAAAUUUUUACCGUCAAAGCCAUUACCGAUUCGCGUAGUUUGUCAAUAAAUGGAUUCAGUGACGGAGAGUUCAAUGUUUGAAGGGGGGACGAAGCAAAGAAAGAUGAGUGCGACGUCGUUUUCAGCAGUUAACAGAAAUUCGGAAAUGGUCUGGGAUGAUAUGUGCAACUCAUAAACACCGAACGGGAAGAGCAGAUACGGUAGAUGCUCCAUAAAUUCUUUACCACUCUCAUCACGUGCUCCAAGUUAUAUAAGAUUGGUUGAAGAGAAGAGGAGGAUAAUUGAAUCAAUGGAGGGAGUGAGGAAAGGCAUGUGGACCCCAGAGGAAGAUAUUCUCCUUAGGAAAUGCAUUGAGACUUAUGGCCAAGGGAAGUGGCAUCUUGUUCCUCUUAGAGCAGGGCUGAACAGAUGCAGGAAGAGUUGUAGGUUAAGAUGGUUGAAUUAUUUGAAGCCUAAUAUCAAAAGAGGCCAAUUUUCGAAUGACGAAGUCGAUCUCAUUGUCAGGCUUCACAAGCUCUUAGGCAACAGAUGGUCCCUGAUUGCGGGUAGGCUACCGGGAAGGACAGCGAACGACAUCAAGAACUUCUGGAACAGCCAUAUCGAGAAGAGGGCAGCAGCAGAGGCCGGUCGGGCCAGAGCCCAGAAAUCCAUCACUCGCAGCAACAUCUUGCGCCCCCGACCUCGGACCUUCUCAUCCCCACGCCCUGAGCCCGGCCUAGUCACCGCGGAUACAUCUCAAAGCCACGACGCAGAUGAAUGCACGAGGUGGUGGAGCAACUUGCUCGAAAUAGCCACUGAUAACGGCGACGGCGAAACGGGAUUAAUUCAUGAUGCUUGCAACAAACAACAAGAUGAAGGUGAUGAUGUAAAGGAGGACUUCGCUGAUUUCUCCAUUGACGUUGAUAUUUGGAAGCUUCUCAACUUUGGGGAUGAUGCAUGAUUCAUUUCUUAGUAGAUUAAUGUUGAUGAGGGUUUCAGUUUUUCUAAUUCAGGCUAGUGAGCUGUUUUAGUUACUCAAUUAUAGUUGAAGAAUUACUAUGCAAUAAAUACGUGUAGGAUUGAAUUAACGGUGAAAUAUAUGUAGUAUUGUAUUAUUAUUAA